GCUGAGCCUUGGGACGACCGCCCGGGAGGCAGGGUCCUUCUCCAGGGCGGUCGCGCAGGCAGCGGCUGCAGGAAGCCGGACUCCGGGCGUCAUGUAUUACAAAUUCAGUGGCUUCACGCAGAAGUUGGCGGGCGCUUGGGCUUCGGAUGCCUAUUCCCCGCAGGGAUUAAAGCCCGUGAUUUCCACAGAAGCACCGCCUAUCAUAUUUGCUACUCCAACUAAAUUGACCUCCAGUUCUCCCGCAUAUGAUUAUGCUGGGAAGAACAAAGUUCCUGAGAUGCAGAAGUUUUUCCAGCUUAUAAUUGUAAAACCUUUUUCUUACCAACCAUGCCCUUGUUCAUUCUUUAAGAAAUCAGAUGGUGUGCCUGUCCACCUGAAGCGAGGCCUGCCUGACCAAAUGCUGUACCGGACCACCAUGGUGCUGACCUUGGGAGGGACCAUCUACUGCCUCAUCGCCCUCUACAUGGCUUCACAGCCCAAAAACAAAUGAAUUAGGCUGCCCGGGACUGGUUUGCUUUCUGGCAUUAAAUCCUUUGAAUUUUCACUUUUCAUUGUUUGUUAAUUUUUUGUUGUUAAACUUGGUAUUUUUUUUUUUUUCCCAAGGAAAAAAAGUCAAGAGACUGUUUUGGUUUGUUUAUGAAAUACAUAUGGCUUGCCAGAUGUCAGCACUCAUUUGACAGUCAAAUCUAUUGUUUCAAGAAACAGCGCUGUGUCCUGUAUUUGGGUUUCUGAUUUGCCUGGUGGUUCUGGAGGAAAGUUGUGCACGUGCUCAUGGAGGGCAGCCCCUGCUGAGGCCCCAGGGACUUGGGGUUGCGGUUCUGAACCGGGGUGCAGGAGCCUUUCUGGAUUUGGGGUGUGACUCGAGGAAGGACGGCAGAACCCAGGGCCUGGCACUCGGGUGAAGGGUCCAAGGCGCUUUGGGGGUUUCCUCUUCACUCUUCAGCAAGAUGUUAGUAGAUCCUGUUUGCAGCCUGCCUCUGUUCACCACUCAGUUUGUUUCAAAGGAUUAUUUGCCUCACCUUGGCUUCUUAGUGGAUUUUCAUGUGUCACUGUUUAUUUAUUCCAGCCUGGGAACAGAACACCUGUUUAGUAUUGCCCUUUGGACUGGUGUCUUGUUAACGCAGCCGCGCCACAAAUUUUCUUUUGUCUUUUAAAAAUGUUAUGGCUUUAAAUUAUGAUUUAUUUUGAUUGUGGAAUAAAUACAUGAAUGGAAAA